UGCGGUGUCGGAGACGGGAAUCCCGGGGGCGCGCGUUGCUGCUGCUCGAAGCGAUUUAAGUCUGAGUCGAAAGAGAAAAGAGAAUUGAGUUGCAGUUGUUUUUUUCUUUACAGCAAACAUUACACUUUAUGGGAUGUUAUAAACAGUUGGAACAAUCGCAUUUUUUAUUACAUUUUUUGGGGGGAUUUACAUUUUUAGUCUUGGCAUUUUUCCACAUAUUGUUUAAUUUGUUACCAAAUGAGCCUGCCUGACUGUGCGUGUGCGUGUGAAAAGAAGAGGAAUAGCGUUACAUUUAAUUGAAUAACGUUUCGGACCGAGGGUGAACAGUUUGAUCGUGGAAAGCAUUUCCAACAUGAGUGAACAGAGCAUCUGUCAAGCCCGAGCUGCUGUUAUGAUAUAUGAUGAUGCCAACAAGAAGUGGGUACCAGCUGGUGGAUCAACUGGCUUCAGCAGAGUUCAUAUAUACCAUCAUACAGGAAACAAUGCAUUCCGAGUGGUGGGCAGAAAAAUCCAGGACCAUCAGGUGGUUAUAAACUGUGCCAUUCCUAAGGGGCUAAAAUACAACCAGGCCACACAGACCUUCCAUCAGUGGCGUGAUGCCAGACAGGUAUAUGGUCUGAACUUCGGAAGCAAGGAGGAUGCCAAUGUCUUUGCUAGUGCCAUGAUGCAUGCAUUGGAAGUCUUAAACUCUCAAGAUACAGGCCCAACAUUGCCACGACAAAACUCUCAGCCUUCCCCUCAGGUGCAGAAUGGUCCUUCACAGGAGGAGCUGGAGAUGCAGAGAAGGCAGCUGCAGGAGCAGCAACGACAGAAGGAGCUGGAGCGCGAGAGGCUGGAGAGACUAGAGAGGGAGAGACUAGAACAGGAGCAGCUUGAACGAGAGCGGCUGGAGAGAGAGCAUCUUCAACGGCUAGAACGUGAAAGAAUGGAGCAAGAGAGACUAGAGCAUGAGAGGCUUGAGACAGAGAGACUGGAGAGAGAGCACCAGGAGCACCUUGAAAGGGAGCAGAUGGAUUGGGAGAGGGAGCAGAGGAUGUCAAACACCGCUCCAUCUUUUGACAGCUCGCUCUACAGCACUCCUCCUCCUGACUACUCCAGUUGCCAGCCUCCCGCCGCACCUCCACCAUCUUACUCCAAAGCCAUCUCUACUCCCGUCUCAACAUUUGUGACCGAGUCCUCUGUUCCCGACUACACUUCAACAUCCGCCCCUGCUAGCAAUGCCCCACCCACCCCUCCACUGCGGCACUCUGCCUCUCGUUUUGCCACUUCUUUCGGCUCUGCUUUCCAUCCUGUGCUGCCUCAUUACGCUACUGUCCCCCGGCCCAUCAAUAAAAACCCAGCCCCUCCUUCCCCUUUGAUAGCUCCCCCUCCCACUCCCCUGUCCUCCAAAUCCAUAGUCUGGUCUGCCACCAAUUUCAGCCCACUCCCACCUUCCCCUCCCGUUAUGAUCAGUAGCCCCCCAGGAAAAGCCACUGGUUCUCGCCCGUUGCUCCCUAUUUCAUUCCCCAGCCCCCUCACCCACAAACCCUCUUCUCCUACAGCAGCUAACAGUCCCCCGGACUCCCCUGCUAUGGCCCUGUCCCCGUCCAGCAGUGCUCCUCAUGUGCCCCCACCACCUCCCCCGCCCUUGCCUCCACUGUCACUGUCCUCUUGUCAAGCUGCAUCUGCUUCGCCAAGCACCCCUGUUGUGUCGACUCCCUCAUCCCAGCCUGGUGUUCUCCCCUCUCCCUCCGCAGCUUCUGCUGAACACUUUCUAAACUUUGUGCUGAGUGACUCCUGCUCUGCUCCAGAGCUGCCGCCUGCCUCACUGGUGGCUUCUCAGCUGGCUGAAUCUCAGACCCUGCAGGAUGCUGUCCAAGGACCGCCAGCUCCUCCUCCUCCACCACCACUUCCUCCCGGACCCCUCAUCAUGGCCCCAGUGGCAGGACCCCCACCUCCUCCUUGUCCACCACCUCCCCCUCCACUUCCACCCACCUCAGGACCCCACCCCCCUCCUCCUCCUCCAGGGCCACCACCGCCACCUCCUCCUUGUCAGACCCCUCCACUGGCCCCACCUCCACCUCCAGCCCCGCCUCUCCCCAUUGCUUCUGCUGCUGGAUUCUCGACGGCCUCUGAGGAGAACCACCCGCUCUCAGGAUUAGCAGCUGCAUUGGCUGGAGCCAAAUUACGGAAAGUACCAAGGAGUGAAGCAUCCAAUCCUGCUGCUUCAGGUGCCAUAAGUUCUGCAUCCACUCCAUCGAAAGCAGAGUCCACUCGUGGAAAUGGACCCCUUUCUGUUGGAGGUGGUGGUCUGAUGGAAGAAAUGAGUGCCCUGCUGGCCAGGAGGAGAAGAAUUGCUGACAAGGGAUCCAUACCUGAACCAGAACAGAAGGACACAAAUGAUGAGCCUGAAGUUACAACCCCUAAACUCCCAGCAGCAAGCACACCAGACAUGGCCAGAAAGCCUUGGGAAAGAACAAAUACUAUGAAUGGUAGCAAAUCACCUGUUAUAAAUAGACCGAAAUCCACACCAAUGCCAACUGGACCCCUAAGUGCCAAUGGGGUGGUGACAGAAGGGUUGGACUACGACAGAUUGAAACAGGAUAUUUUAGAUGAAAUGAGAAAGGAACUGACAAAACUGAAAGAGGAACUUAUUGAUGCAAUCAGGCAGGAACUGGGCAAGUCAAAUACAGCAUAGAAGGACGUGAGUUUCCUGCAGAUUUGCCCCUUUGACCAGACACAUGAGCUUCACUACAAUUAUGACAAACUUUAUUUAAGAGGGUGAAAAAAAGAAAAGUGAGCAAGUUGUGCAAGAAGGAAAUUCUGGAAAUUUGGAGGGCCAUCUCAGUGCAGCGACAAAAUGCUUUUUUAUUUAUUUUUUCUUCUUUUGAAGCUUGCUUACUGCUUUUUCCUGACCUUGCCAGGGAGUGGGAAAGUCUUAAAGCUACUGUAAUAUGCAAAGAUUCCGUUCUUUGUAGAGAAAACAUGAUAACAAUACGAUAGUCAUUCACAUUAAUGCAGACAAAAGUUUGCACAUCUGAAUUCUUUGUGAAAGGCACAUUUGGAGGGGCUGCUUUAGUGUGCGGCUCCUUGUUGGCUGUAAGGAUGGCUUUUGUUUCUAGAAGGACUAAAUGGCUGGAUUUGGCCUUCUGCUGCAGGGCUCCAUAAAGCUUGUCUUCCUGAAAUACUCUUACCUGAAUAAGUACAUUUAAAUAUUUGGCGUUGUUCAUUAAUGUUUGUUCUAAUGUUAAAACCACAGCCAUAUUUGGUAGCUUUAUGAGAUGGCUAGUCUGUAUGAUUUUUGGCUUAACAUUCUGAGAAAAAUUCCAGGACUUUAUGCUAGAAAGCCUAACUCAAGGUAGCCUACAUAAUGCGUUAUAUUAGUUUGUUUUGAGAUGUUUAACUAUGAGGGGUCAGGUGAUUGCAGAAGUAGAUGCCUUCCUACAUCACUAUACCGCUUUACCAAAUCUGAGACACUACCAGUAUACAGAACAGUUGUAUCGUAAAUCACAAAGACAGUAUUGUUAGAUAUAGCUUUGUUUUUUUUUUUUUUGUUUUUGUUUUUUCAAAUGUGCAUGUCAAUUUUUCUAAUGUGUCAAUCACUACGAAAUCAUUUUUGCUAGUUUAUAAGCAAUACGUGUAACAUCACCAUUAAGUUGCCUUUUUAAGUUCUUCACAGCUCCUAUCUUAAAGAAUUAUUUUGUUUCUUUUUUUUUUUGAUUACUUUUUCUUUUGUUCCAGGGCAUAGAAUUAGUAUUUAAAAUAAAUGUCUUCACAUUUACAGUAUGAUUUCCACUGCUGUUAAUUUCUUUGUUAACCAGAUGUUUGUAUUUCAGUUUGACAAUAGAAUGUUAAAAUUCAGUUGUAAUUAAUACUGUGCCUCUCAGCCUUUGAAACCUGUACAUGUACCAAAUAAAGCAACAAGAUUUAAAGAUAGGGAAUUUCAGAGGCAAGUUUUGCAUUUCAGUGGGAACACAUUCAACAACAUCUCUCUCUCUCUCUCCGUCUGUCUCUCAUACUGAACUCAAAGGUGCUUUUAUUGGCAUGACAACAUUAGCGGUAUUGCCAAAGCAGUUACAAAGUAUAAUAUAAAAUUACAUAAGCAUUAUGAACAUCUAUAUCAAAGUAAAUAAUUAAAUGGAAUAAUUAAAUAAAAAGGUAGGAAUGUAAAA